UCAAACGCAGCAGGGGGUGUUUGCUGAACUCACCGACUACAAACAAUGACUGUGAGCAAGCAUGUCAGGCUAGUGUGAGCAGAAGUUUACUUCAGUGAAACUGCCGGUAAUAUUCACUACAUGUGCUCAUUGGAGGUUUCCAAAGCACUGUGAUAAAUGGAGCUAGAGGACCAAUGGUGGAAAGGACAACUAGCUGCAGAUAUAUACCAGGCGCUACGGUACAAAGAGCUCAAGUUGCCGUCCUACAAAGGCCAGUCCCCUCAGCUCAACCUUAGACGAUACUUUGCAGAUCUCAUCGCCAUCGUCAGCAACCGCUUCCGGCUGUGUCCUGCAGCCAGACACCUUGGUGUCUACCUGCUGGACCUCUUCAUGGACCGCUACGAUGUCACGGUGCAGCAGCUCCACAUGGUCUCACUCUCCUGUCUUCUUCUGGCCAGUAAAUUCGAGGAAAGGGAGGACCGGGUGCCCAAGCUGGAGACCCUUAACAGCCUGGGCUGCAUGAGCUCCAUGAACCUGGUCCUGACCAAGCAGGGUUUACUUCACAUGGAGCUGCUCCUGCUGGAAACCUUCCAGUGGAACCUUUACCUCCCCACAGCCGCUCAUUUUAUAGAAUACUACCUGUCCAUUGCCGUCCACGAGGGAGACCUCCAUGACGGCUGGCCGAUGACCUGCCUGGAGAAGACCAAACUAUACAUGGCCAAGUACGCCGAUUACUUCCUGGAGGUUUCCUUGCAAGAUCAUGUGUUCCUGUGCUUUGCCCCCUCGCUGGUGUCCGCUGCGUGUGUGGUCACCUCCCGCCUCAUCCUCCACCUGUCCCCGACAUGGCCACCCCGACUGCAGCACCUCACAGGCUACACAUGGGAGAACCUGGUCCCGUGUGCCGAGAAACUGCUCAUUGCACAUGACAGCGAUGUCAAAGAGGCCAACAAGCAGAAGUGCCAGCAGCCCAGCCAGCAGCAGCAGCAGCAUCAGCAGCAGGGCCAGGCGGUGUACCAUGGUUCAGGUCAGACAGCCACCGUGACCCAGUACCUGCACCGGCCCAGCGUGCAGUAUCCCCAGCAGGCUCCACCGCAGCCGGGUCUGGCCCCUAACCACAGGCCUGCCUCUUACCUCAGCCACUCCGCCGCCGGCCUGCAGGCUCCAAACGGCAACGCACAGGCCGUCGGCAACGCACAGGAUCCAAAGUGCAGCAUUCCAAACCGGGCUUACCAAGUCAGCAUGCACUACACCUGCGCCGCUCCGUGCUUCGACAGAUGAUGAACUAUUUUUUUUUUUCAGUCUUUUUUUCUGCAGGAGGAAGACAUAAGAGAUGGUGAUCCGUUUCUCUUGAACAUAAUGGAACGCACUGAAGGAGAAAUGAGUGUUUUUAAUUUGGAGAGACUUGAUGAGAUUGGUACAGCACUUUGAAACCACAAGGUGUACGCAAUGUGCAAUAUGCAUGCAUUUUCUGCAGGGAGCCUGCAUUAGGAUUUCUGUUUGUUUGAGAUAUAUUGGGUGUGAAUGUUGUCGUGAGGUGCGUUGGAGGCAGAGUUUGCACCACUGUACCCCACUAGUGUCACUGUAUAAUUUAGCUACAGACCAAAAGUCUUAUAUUUAUUUGAGCCAAGUUACCUCAAAAGUAUUGAAUGUACGAAAUACCUCAUGCCUUUUAAGUUUAAGGCCUGUUACAAAAAGGGACUUAAGUUGGUUUGUUGUUGAUAUUGGAGAGCACAGUUUGUGUAGGUGUUCUGUACCUCAAACUCUUCCUUUUUUUUUUUUUGUGAUGAGUGUCCUUUUGUAUAACCGAGAAGAAAAAAAAAUUCUCCUCUAGAUGUCACAAUUUGUUUGCAGAGAAAACGGUUGCUCUUGUGUACACGGAGGAUUUCAGUCAGUGCUGUGCACUUCUAUGAUG